UUUUUAUGCAAUGUGUGUAGAGAUAGACUAGACGAUAUGCUUAACUAUAGUGUUACGGAUCUUGACGGUUAACCUUCUGCUAGCACAUUUAGAUAUAAACAUGGAGUUCAACAUACUCGAACCGUUAGUUGAUGAAAUUAAAUCACGCGGAUACCAAAGAAUUGCCAUUCAAUCGUCUGAUGUGUCAGCUGCAGUCAGUGUCUGUAGUGAAUUACAUGACCGGUGUAAAUCUCUGGAGCCUAAUCGAGAGUUUUACGUAUUAGGAGACGUGUUCGUUGGCAGUUGCUGUACCGAUGUGAUCGCAGCACGUCGAACUGAUGCCGAUUACGUCAUUCAUGUAGGUGACGCAUGCCAAAGUUUCGUAGAGUCACCAGUACCGAUUAGGUUUUUAUUUAAUCCUGUAACUGUAGAUACAGAUAUUCUAUUCUGUGUAUUGUCUGAUAGGUUGUCUACUUAUAACUUCGAUCGCAUUUUGUUGGUAUAUCACUCAUCACUUCAUCAUAUAUCUGGAUUAUUUGUUACCUGGUUAUCUGGAUACUCUAAACCAUCUUUUAUCGCACAAUGCAUGGAACAUAUAUUACCGGAUGAUGGAGUUUACAACCAUGAAAAUGUAUUUUGUUACCGGAAGAUACUCCGAUGCUGUAGUGAUACUGCUCUAGAAACCGGAUAUAUUAAUGACUUACACAUGGGUGAACAAGAUACAUUGGUACUAUUCCUAUACGCAGGAACCCGGAAUAAUGUUACGGAAGACCAUAUAGCCCUUAAAUCUGUUGGCAGCCAGUUUCACGUUAUGAGUGUUGACACUCUGGAGUAUAGCAUAAUGGACUCUCGAGGUCAUAGCUUACGGUCAAGGCGCUACCACAAAGUGGGCAAAAUUCAAGAUGCAAGUACUAUUGGCAUUCUUGUUGUAGCUCGUACCAUUAAGGGUUAUAGGGAGCUACGUCGUGCGAUAGUUCGUCUUAUAGAGAGUCAGGGGAAGCGUUGUUAUACCUUUUCCGUUAACUGCUUAACGGAGGCUAAAUUAGCUAACAUGCCAAAUAUUGACAUAUUUUGCAUGUUAUCAUGUUGUGAGUCUAUAUUAUCGUUACCUGAGGAGAUUGGAAGGCGUGUGGUUUAUCCUUUUGAACUUCUGGUUGCUUUUGAUUGCAUUGACUGGUCGCUCCCUUAUGAGUUUGACUUUGUGACGUUGACAUCUUAUAUUCCGGAAUCAUCCACCGACGAGACUACCAGCUAUGGAGGUGAAAUACGCCGUCUACAGGGUGGUUGUGAGAUACAAUUACAGGUAGACAGUUUUAUGGAUACUUUACAAGACAACUCCAAGCGUACUUUUGGCGGUGUUGACCCAUUGGAAGGUAUUACUAGGGAACCGAAAGUAUUACCAGGUUUCCAUGGAAUCGCAAGUCGUUAUGACCAUGAAGUUGAUAAAUAAUCCAUUGUAUUCACCAUAGG